AUGUCGAUCCUGAAGACCUCCCGAGACGGCCCCAUGCCGGGGAUUUUUUUUGCCGCCAUCCCGCUAUUGCGUUGCAGCGUUUCGUUUUGCGUCUUGAGCUGUCCCAAAAGUGUCCCAGCGGCAGCGCGACCGUGCACACGAGGUUCCUCCAGACGCAAACUUGCCGCGUCUUCUUCACCCCACUUUGUAACAUACAUAUGUUAUGCAUAUCUCUUAGGGACAUUCUGCUUGUGCUCCGUAUAA